GGAUUUUCAUGAAAUGUUGCAAAUCUCCAAAUCUCGUGAGAGUGAAUGAAUGAAUGCCCCUUCGUGAAGGUUUUGAAACGGGCACACUGCAUUUCAAGUAAGAGUUACAGAUCUUCUUAGGUCACUCACUCACGCGGGUUUACAAGUAUCGGGUUUCGUGAAACCUAAUCUCUCUCUGAAAUGGAUCAGCUUGCAUCUCUAGCAGAGUCUGUGGCUAUGGAGGAAGAUUCAGAGAAUCAAUCGGUUAAAAGGGAGAGUAGCCCUGAACCUGACUCAAGUCCUCCUCCUAGUCCCAAAAUAACUGCUAGGUGGAAUCCAUUUGGAGGUUGCAGGCCUAUGGUUGAUGACGCUCCCAUAUUUUAUCCCACUAAUGAGGAUUUUGAUGAUCCACUUAGUUACAUAGAAAAGUUGCGCUCUAAAGCUGAAUCAUAUGGCAUAUGUCGCAUUGUGCCGCCUGUUGCAUGGAGGCCUCCCUGCCCACUGAAGGAUAAGAAAAUAUGGGAGAAAUCUAAAUUUCCCACCCGAAUUCAGCUGAUUGACUUGCUUCAGAAUAGAGAACCGAUUAAAAAAUCUACCAAAAGCAAGAAGAGGAAACGGAGAAGAGUCAAAACUGGAUACACAAGAAGAAGAAGAGAUUCAGGCUGUGAUACUUCUUCCUCUAGUGAGAACGAAGGCAAAUUUGGUUUUCAGACUGGGCCAGAUUUUACCCUGGAAGAAUUUCAGAAGUAUGAUGAAUACUUUAAGGACUGUUAUUUUGAGACACAUGAUCAGUCUAGUUCCAGAGCGUCUGAAAUUAAAAAAUUUAAACCUAAGGUUAAAGACAUCGAAGGUGAGUAUUGGCGAAUAGUGGAGCAAGCAACUGAUGAAGUAGAGGUGUACUAUGGAGCUGACUUGGAAACAAAGAAAUUUGGAAGUGGUUUCCCUAAGCAUUCACCGGGGCAUCCUAAAAGUGAAGCAGACCAAUACUCUAAAUCUGGUUGGAACCUAAAUAAUCUAUCCCGUCUUCCCGGAUCUGUUCUAGCGUUUGAGAGCUGUGAUAUCUCAGGAGUCAUUGUACCAUGGCUUUACGUUGGAAUGUGCUUUUCAACUUUUUGUUGGCAUGUUGAAGAUCAUCACCUCUAUUCCUUGAACUACUUACACACGGGUGAUCCAAAAGUUUGGUAUGGAAUCCCCGGAAACCAUUACGCUUCCUUUGAAAACGCAAUGAAAAAACAUCUUCCAGAUUUGUUUGAAGAACAGCCUGACUUACUACAUCAACUGGUCACUCAGUUAUCUCCAAGAAUCUUAAAAGAGGAGGGAGUACCUGUCUACCGAGCUGUCCAGCGCAGUGGAGAAUUCAUCCUAACCUUCCCUAAGGCCUAUCAUUCUGGGUUUAAUUGUGGUUUUAACUGUGCGGAAGCAGUAAAUGUUGCACCAGUUGAUUGGCUGAUUCAUGGACAAAAUGCAGUGGAAGGCUAUAGCAAGCAGCGGCGAAAGAGUUCAUUGUCACAUGACAAGCUGCUUCUUGGAGCAGCUCAAGAAGCUGUUUAUUCCCUCUGGGAGCUUUCACUUUCAAAGAAGAAAACUCCUGUGAUUGCGAGAUGGAAAAGGGUUUGUAGUGAGGAUGGAUUGCUUACGAAGGCAGUCAAGAAGCGGGUGCAGAUGGAAGAAGAAAGACUAAACCACAUUCAAGAUGGUUUUAGCGUGCUAAAGAUGGAGGGUGAUUUUGACAUUAAGAGAGAACGGGAGUGCUUCUUGUGCUUCUAUGACUUGCAUAUGUCUGCUUCAAGCUGCAAGUGUUCGCCCAACCGAUUUGCAUGUCUUACCCACGCCAAGGAUCUGUGUUCAUGUGAAAGUAAGGAGAGAUUUGUCCUAAUUCGCCACACCUUGGAUGAGUUACGGUCAUUGGUCAGAGCUCUAGAAGGGGAUCCAGAUGCCAUAGACGAAUGGGCAAGUAAAUGUCGUGACCAGUAUCCUUCACAUCAUCCGAGAGUAAGAGAAUAUUCUUACCUCAAGGCUGCCUCAUGUUCAAAGAACCGUGGUUCAUCAAAAGUACAACAGCGAGAACAAAACAACCUUCAGUUAGUGUCCGAGCAUUUACAAAGUGAUCUAACCACAAACAAGGAAGUUCAGUUGAAACAAGAUGGUGAUCGAGAUGUAAACCUUUGUGAGGGAGGUAAUUGUGACGAUGAGAAGAUUUCGGUGGAAUCUCAAAACCCACAUUCAGUUACAGAUGUAGGGUGUAGUGAGCUGGCGAAGAAAGUAGAUGAUUGUUCAGAAGGGAAAGAUCAUGACGCUGCAACCAAUAGGCUAAGUCACUCUGUUGAGCUCUUGAACUCUGGAUCUCUCGUUGUUAAAAAGCUGUGGUGCAAUAAACAAGCCAUAUACCCAAAAGGGUUCAAGAGCCGUAUUAAGUUCUUAAGCGUGCUUGACCCAACAAAACUUACCAACUACAUCUCAGAGGUUCUGGAUGCAGGGCUUCUUGGUCCACUGUUCAGGGUCUCAGUAGAAGAUUACCCCACUGAGAAUUUCUCGAAUGUAUCUGCUGAGAAGUGCUGGCAAAUGGUGACACAAAGACUCAAACUCGAAAUUAUCAAAAGAUGUGAUCAACCAGUGAGCUCUUUGACCUCUUUACAAUCUUUGGACUAUAUAAAUGGGCAUGCAAUGUUUGGGUUUAACUCCGAACACAUAAUUAAGGUGGUUGAGGCUCUUGAUCCAAAGCAUCAAUUGGAGGAGUACUGGAACCAAAAGGCAGUGAAACUGUUUGGUGCUGAACCAGCGAAGGAAGAAGAAAAAGAUGAUACAGAGAAAGGAGCAGCUUCAGAUCCCUCUUUGGACCGGGACACAAGGCUUUUGCGUGGACUGUUGAAGAAGGCAACACCUGAAGAAUUAGUUAUGAUGCAUGGGCUUCUGUGCGGUGAGACACGCAACACGGAGCUCAAGGAAGAGCUCUCUACUUUGGUAGAUAAGAUGGAGAAAAGUCCUUAAUGACGAGCAUGCAAAUAGCACACUAACAUCCUUUGAAGUUGAUUGUGUUUGUAUGUUCAGGCUUCAGUUAAUCUAGAGAGGCAAUAUAAAAGUAGACAAAAGUGUCACUUCGUUGACAUGUCUUUCCUUUUUACUUAAAAAAGGGUUUAGGAUUAAUGAUUGUAUUGUAUUGUAUUAUUGGAUCUGCAAUGUACCAUCGUUCUCUAUUACGUUUGCUUAUUUUUCUA